GGGACCAGAAAGUUUGGCCCUGGCUGGGUUCUGGGCUUGUCGGGGGCGGGGCCGUGGAGCUGGUCCUUGGAGCACCCGGGGCGGGUCCCAGCAUGGGAGUGGUUUGGGCCUUGUCUUGAGUGCGGGGUCAGGGCGUGAUUCUGAGGCAGAGCGUGGGAGGGCCGGAGCUCCCUUGAGAUAGAGCCGGGCUGAAGCUCCCAUCUCGGGGCUCUGGAGGCGGCCCUGGAGCCUGCGCUUGGAGGGGAGCAGAGUUGGAGGUUCCCUUAGGCGGCGCGCACGGCCAGGGAGCCCCCUGCUGCAUCCAGACCGUGUAGGGGAGGCGUGGCGGGACCCCGGCCGUGGCCAGCGAGAUGGCAGCCGCGCUGGACUUGAAGUCAAAGGAGGAGAAGGAUGCUGAGCUGGACAAGAGGAUCGAGGCUCUGCGGCGGAAGAACGAGGCCCUCAUCCGGCGCUACCAGGAGAUCGAGGAGGACCGGAAGAAGGCCGAGCAGGAGGGCGUGGCGGUGACGGCUCCCCGGAAGGGUCGCUCGGUGGAGAAGGAGAACGUGGCAGUGGAGGAGAAGAACCUGGGUCCCUCUAGAAAGUCUCCUGGGACCCCUCGGCCCCCAGGCCCCAGCAAGGGGGGCCGGCCCCCGCCUCAGCAGGGGGGCCGGGCAGGCGCGAGCCGGCCCUCCCGCAGCUGGGAGGGCAGCCCUGGGGAGCAGCCGCGGGGAGGAGCCGGGGCCCGGGGCCGCAGGGGCCGAGGCCGUGGCGCCCCGCAUCUCUCAGGAGCUGGAGACACCUCAGCUGCCGACCGCAAGUCCAAGGAGUGGGAGGAGCGGCGCAGGCAGAACAUCGAGAAGAUGAACGAGGAGAUGGAGAAGAUCGCCGAGUACGAGCGGAACCAGCGGGAGGGGCUGCUCGAGCCGAACCCCGUGCGGAACUUCCUGGACGACCCCCGGCGGCGCAGCGGGCCCCUGGAGGAGCCUGAGCGGGAGCGGCGGGAGGGCAGCCGGCGGCACGGGCGCAACUGGGGGGGCUCGGACUUUGAGCGCGUGCGCUGUGGCCUGGAGCAGGAGCGGCAGGGCCGCCGGGCAGGCCCGGGCAGCGCAGGCGACAUGACGCUGUCCAUGACGGGCCGGGAGCGGUCGGAGUACCUGCGCUGGAAGCAGGAGAGGGAAAAGAUCGACCAGGAGCGGCUGCAGAGACACCGCAAGCCCACUGGCCAGUGGCGGCGGGAGUGGGAUGCCGAAAAGACUGACGGGAUGUUCAAGGAUGGCCCAGCGGCAGCCCACGAACCGUCCCACCGCUACGAUGACCAGGCCUGGGCCCGGCCCCCCAAGCCGCCCACCUUCGGGGAGUUCCUGUCCCAACAUAAAGCUGAGGUCAGCAGCCGCAGGCGGAGGAAGAGCAGCCGGCCCCAGGCGAAGGCAGUGCCCCGCGCCUACAGCGACCACGAUGACCGAUGGGAGACAAAAGAGGCGGCGGCACCCCCCGCCCCCGAAGCCCCACAGCCCGUAUCCCCCAAGGAGACGCCGGAGCCGCCUCCCGAGACCCCGGCUCCUGCCCACCGGCCUCCCGAGGACGAGGGGGAGGAGGACGAGGGGGAAGAGGAUGAAGAAUGGGAAGACAUGAGUGAGGAGGAGGAGGAGGAGGAGGAGGAAGAAGAUGCUACUGAGGAGGAAGAAGAGGGGGAGGAGGCAGCAGCCCAAGACCACCAGCCCCCAGAGGCCGAGUGCGCCGGGAGCCCCUCCAGUGAGCAGGCGGGCGUGGCGCCCUGUGGUGCUGAGGGGCCGCUUCCCCGGACCCCUGCCCCGCCCUCCAGCCCCUUCUCGCCCCCCGGGGGCCACCAGCCCGUGUCCGACUGGGGUGAAGAGAUGGAGCUCAAUUCGCCCCGGACGGCGCACCCGGCUGGCGCCCUCCCUCCCGGUGAGGCCUGGCCAUUCGGGGAUGCAUGAAGCUGGCUGCUGUGUGUGUGUGUAUGGGCCAGGGGCGCGGCUGGAGAGGGCCCGCGGGGCCGGCCCGGGAACGCAGGCGCCCACAGCCCUGGCGGCUAGGGAGGACGGCCACGGCCCUCUGCUGUCACCCAGUCUCUGGACUCUCUCCCAGGGCUGGACCCCAUGCCCCCCACCCCCAAUAAAGUUCACAU